AAUUGCAGCGGUAAAAUAAAACACAUUUGGCGUUAUUUUGUUAGUUGUUUUGGUUGUGAUUUGCGUUGUUUUUCACUUCACUUCGCCCGCUGAACUCGACAAGUGCGAAAGGGGUGCAAAAUUCUAGCACUCCCGGACCGAAAUUACAUCACACACAAUGGGAUACGGAUACGGUGGUCUCCUACUCCUGGUGUUGGCCGCAGGCCUGCCGCCAACCGCCUUCGGUUGGAUGGCCCACUUUCGCCCGUCCAAGCUGAGGCUACCCAUGGGCAACAGCACGCAGGUGCAGCUCUUCUUAGGGAAUGUGGCCCCGUCGACACUGCAGCAGCCGGAUCGCUUCGUGUUCCGCUUGCAGAGCCUCAACGAGGGACUGGCCAGAGUGCCCGAGGAGAACGCCACCAUACCGCUGAGCCUGUUUGAUCCGCAGACCCGCGACUGGAGCGGCCCCAUCGUCAUAGAGGCCCACUUUCUAGGGCUGACUAAUGUGACGGUGCGGUUGCACGAUCUCAGGCUGAACACCAGCGAACUGCCCACCAACUGGAGUAACGACAGCCAGCUGGAGGUGACCGUCCAGCGGCCGAACCGCGUGUUAGACCACAUAUUCCUGGGCUCCAUCAUUGUCUUGAUGUCGCUGCUGUACAUCAACUUUGGCGCUGCUCUUAAUUUGGAGGUGCUGCGCGGCCUGGUCACGCGGCCCAUUGGUCCCUGCAUCGGACUGGUUAUGCAGCUGGUGGGCAUGCCCCUGCUUAGCUACGCCCUAGGCGUCUUCAUUUUCCCCCAGUCGCCGGCAAUGCAGCUGGGCCUCUUCUUUACCGGCAUCUCGCCCAGCGGCGGCGCCUCGAACACCUGGGCCGCUGUGCUGGGCGGCAAUAUACAUCUCUCGGUGCUGAUGACCACUGUGGGCAACGUGGCCGCCUUCGCCACGAUACCUCUGUGGACAUUCACGCUCGGACAGCUGAUCUUCGAGCGGGCUGGCAUGGAGGUGCCGUAUAGGAAGAUCGCCACCUACUGCGCCGGCCUGAUCGUGCCGCUGAUCAUCGGUCUGGUUAUCCAGAAGCGAUCGUCAAGGCUCACACGGGUGUUGGUUCGCCUGCUGAAGCCGAUCUCCGCCACCCUGCUGCUGAUCAUCAUCGUUUUCGCCAUCAUCACCAACUACUAUCUGUUUUACCUGUUCUCCUGGCAGAUUGCCGUGGCUGGCCUGGCUCUGCCAUCGCUCGGAUACAUCUUCGCCUGGCUGGCGUCCAAGCUGCUGCACCAGAACGCCGCCGACGCCUUAACCAUUGCCAUUGAGGUGGGCAUCCAGAAUACGGGCAUUGCCAUCUUCCUGCUUCUGGGGGCGCUGGGAUCGCCGGUGGGGGACAUUACCACAGUUGUGCCGGUAGCUGUGGCAGUGAUGACGCCGCUGCCCCUGCUGGGCAUCUAUGUGUACAAUCGAUGCUGCAGACAUAAAAUAAGCGAGGGCUCCGCUGGCGAGGCAGAGCGGAUUGUGUAAGCUCAAUGUUGUUAAAUUUUCUACGUGUGUCUUUAUAGCUUCCUUGGAGUACCUGUCAUCAGUAAUUCCUCUGUAAUUCAAGUCGUUGAGGAAGAUUUUAUUGUUAUUUAUACAUAGAUACUAUAUAUAUAAAUUAUAUAUGUAUGCAGUUUGAUUGUACAUACAUAUAUGUAUUUAUGUUUUUGAUAACUUAUAUACAAUUUAAUAUAGGAUUGAGGCUGGCUGACAAAGGCCCAGCAGGUAUGCAUUAAUCUCAAGCGUAUUACAUUCCAUGUAUAUAUAUAUAUAUUUUAAAAUAAACUUCGAUUUGGAGAUACUUCAA